AUGGGAAAGCGACGCAGGGAACGCGACAGACCCAAAGCAGGUCCCGAGGCCGCAUACGACCCAAACAAGCGAGUGCUGUUGAGCUAUGCAUCCGACGACGAGCAAGUCGAGGACGCGUCUGAGCAGAAGCAGAACGGCAGCAAUGACACUCCAGCCAUCGAUGCGCACGUCUCGAAUUAUCAAUUCGACGAGUACCCGCACGAGGACGACGAGGUCAAGCUGGGCGCCACGGAGGACACGGCAGACCCCGAGGAGCCGGCGCAGAGUAUAGCCCAGGGCGAGGAUGUAGAGGAGGCGGCUGGGCCUUCCAACAAAGAUGAAGAGUCGGAAGGGCGUGUCAGGCAGGAUCAUGUGACUGGUCAAUUCACAGCACUGGGGCCAGAUCCGGACGAGGAGUACGACAGCACAACGGAGGAAGCGAUGGCAUACCUCCGAGGCGUGCGAACAGAGCGACAAAAGCUGCCCGAAGUAUUGACAGCGAAUGGCCAAGUCCCUCACGACACGAAUGGCGAUGCCACAGCUGACGACCUCGAAGGUGACUACGACGAAGACGAAGGCUACUUUCUCGAGGAUGGGGGUUACGUGGGGGCUCCAACCAGCGAUACAGCUGUCGAAGACGAUCGCACCGACCCACAAAAGGCCUUCACUGCUGCACUGAGACAGCGCUUCCUCACGCAACGCAAGCAACUUCACUUACCCACGACAGCCGACGCACUUGCUGCGCUCGGCGAUGGUCGUCCAAUCUCGUUUCCGAAAGGUAACACCAAGGCCUAUGCAGAGUGGCAUCGCCUGCUUUCAUCGCAACAACCGAACUUGCCCCAGCUGAGAUCACUCGCGCAAGAGACUGUUUUCGAUCUGCUCGCACUGUUACAAAAGCACUUGAUGCGCAAAGACAAGAACAUCGACAGCAGUGCCAGUGCUUGGAUCUGGUCGCUCCUUGCCAGGCUUGACGAUGUCGGCAGCAUGUCGAACGAUCAGGUCUACCCGCUUCGAGAGUUUGGGAAGAGGGCACUGUUUUUGCAGCUGUCCUUCCUCAAGCCUGAGAUUGCUGCGCAGCUGGAGGCUGUUGGUCAGACUGGCGUAUCAACUGGCGACGAACAUGAGGAAUUGCAAGAGGCUGAGCUUGAUGAGGCGGACCGCUCGUCUGCUUCUACGCCUGCGAUUUCGCGCGACCUCGUCACCGAUAAUACGCUCGCGACCCUCGACACAAUCCUAGUCGUCAUUGGCGAGGUCUUCGGGCAGCGUGAUCUGCUGGACUUCAGACAACCUUGGGCGGUUGCUGCUGCGCCUACGUGA